UAAGUGGUUUUGAACGAAUGACUUUGCGCGCAGUUAUUAAUUGUUAUAAAUGGUUAUAAAUUGUGAAAAUACAGUGAAAAGUGCGUGUGUUUUACCUGUAAAACCUGAUAGAAAACGCAUCAACUCCGUUUCAAGCGUCGGUGCACAUAGGUGGCAUGCAAUAUGGCGUGGGACAGGGCUCCAGCAAGCGGCAGGCCAAGUACGCCGCCGCGCGUGCCGCUAUACAGAUCCUCAUACCAGAGAUGAGCCAGCACAUAGACUCCGCCGCAGAUGAAAAGGCUGACACGGACCUCACCGCGUUGCACCCUCACGUCCAAUCAUGGGGCUCUCUCCUUCGUCUUUAUGGCUCGAAGUCUGAAAAAAGCAGCAAGGAGAAGAAUCACGAAGAACUAGAAAUAACCCGCCUCCAAGGCAAAGCUCUUCACAGCCGGCCCAAUUACGCAGUGCUAGAGAAACUGCGGAACGAAAUGAGGAAACUGCGGGAGAGAGAUGAAUCCGUCGUCCCGAUAGGAAACUUAUUGUUUACAGAGGAUGUCCCACACACUCGGGAUCCAACUUGGACACCGUGGACCUCUAAAUGGUAAUCCUAAUCCCACCACACUAAUAUUAUAAAGG